CUGUUCGUAUUACAAUAAAACUUGUACGAACGCAACUCAUCCACCGCCUAACCAAAAUACAACUUACUGUGGUAGUGACGGUAAAACAUACCAUGGAAUGUGUGCAUACUUCCAGGCUUCCUGCAGUCAUAACGUAACAGUUGUAGCAACCGGCGUUCAUUGUGAACAUAAGAUACCCACACGAGCACCACCCACCUCGCCGCCACCAUUGACCUACUUCGAGAUAAACUUAUAUCACAGUAUAACUCGAAGUAUUGAUGACAGAUUAGAACUAUCGAAAGCCAGGGGAAUCACACCAGCUAAAGCUAAACCAAUCUUCUCUAAACAAGACCACGUUAACAAGAUCUACAUCAGAAAUCCAGAUUGCUGGGCGUACGGGUUGGACCUCACUCCCAUAUCACCUUGGAACAGCAACCACGGAAUCAGAAAAGCAGGAACUCUAGUGUCUAAGAGACAUAUGUUGUGGGCCCGACACUAUGGUAUCCCCGUGGGUUCGACCAUACGGUUUGUGGACCUACAUAAUAACGUAGUUGAGAGAAAGGUUGCUGGAAUCCGAUACGUCAACCACUCUUCCACAGGACACGAAACCUUCUGGGGAAGAAACAUUGUCGUUGGUGUCCUCGAUAAAGAUGUCCCAGACAGCAUAUCCUUUGCUAAAGUCAUGCCCAAAGGUAUCGAUACCUUUCGACCAAGACGCGAUACCCCACUUCCGGUCAUGAGCACCGACUUUGAGGAAAAGGCUUUGGUCACCGAUUUUUCCUAUUACAUGAAUACGGGUAUUGGUCUACGAACACCGGAAGUCCAUUCCCUAGAACACGAUUAUUACGAAUCUAAGAUAGGUGGCGACAGUGGUAAUCCUUCGUUCUUUAUAAUCAAAGACGAUUUGGUGUUGUUGUUUGUGUUCACCAGUGGUGGAGCAGGAGGGGGGACCUCCAUCAACCAUUAUUACGAUGAGAUUAACAGACUAAUGAAAGAAGAAGGCGGCGAUUAUCAGCUGACACCUGUUGAUUUAACUACCUUUGGUUUACCUGGUAAAACUCUCCCGCAUCUUAUAGGGUAGACACCCCCGUUUAUUAAA